AUGGUUGCCGUGAGGGUGGGCUCCCCUUACCCCAGCGCGGAUGCGGUCGCAUCCGAGUUUGACGAGAAAGCGCCCCUUCUCAACCCGUCUUCAGAGGGCCCAUACGCAGACGCACACAUAUCAAGGGCGUGGCUAGUACCGAAUCGCAUAUCGGCGGCCGUUGUUGGGACCGUAAAGGUGUUGCUGACAGCUAUUGUGGCUCCCGGGAGAUACGUGAUCGCAUGCUUCUACGACGACGGCCAUUUUUCUGUCCUUGCCCCUGUGUAUAAGAUAUCGCGUACCUUUACACGUACUCGCCGGAAAGCGACGCCACCAGCCCCAAUGCAGGCAUUCGAUUCUUCAGACGGCAUUGAACCCGGAAAACGAAAGAGCAGAAGACCCAGCGUCCCGCAGUCCCAGGCCAAGAGGCCGACCAAGCGGGCUCCAUCAAUUGCAUCAACUUCCACUGCCAUGACGUCUGACUCGGAAUUAGACAGCGAGCGGCCGCCGACGAGGGAUGAGGACACCGAUGCUCCGUCACGCAACACGCGCUCCAAGUCAGUGGCAUCUUCGGCCAUGGAGGAGAUUGCGCCUGCGAAACGGUCUAUUCGUAUCAAGCUGCACAACGAGGAAGCUCUCAGGCAGCGGAAGGCGAAGAAGAGUCAGGCCCGGGGUGGCCCGUCCAAAGGCGGCGCAAACCAGGUUUCGGCUGAGACUGCAGCGUCACUGAAGUCCCCCACCAGCCCAGCAACUGCAUCGUCCAAAUUGACCAAGUUCCCGCGUGCGCCGCAGCCCCCGCGUCCUUUGGUGCCACGACGCCAGCCGUCUUACUCUACUUCAGGCACAUCUGCCGUCGGGCCGCACCAGAAGACGCUGAUCAUUGAUCUUGACGAAACUUUAAUCCACAGCAUGGCGAAGGGUGGCCGUUAUACGACUGGACACAUGGUUGAGGUGAAGUUACAGCAGCCAGUGGGCCUGGGAGGUACCAUGAUCGGCCCUCAGGUCCCCAUCCUGUAUUAUGUCCAUAAGCGGCCACACUGCGACGAGUUUCUAAAAAAGGUUUGUAAGUGGUACAAUUUAAUUGUCUUCACUGCAUCGGUGCAGGAAUACGCGGACCCCGUUAUCGACUGGCUUGAGGUCGAGCGCAAGUAUUUUACGGGAAGGUACUAUAGACAGCACUGCACGUUCCGAAAUGGGGCCUAUAUCAAGGACUUGGCCCAGGUUGAGCCAGAUCUAAGCAAGGUCAUGAUAAUUGAUAAUAGUCCUAUGAGCUACAUCUUUCACGAAGACAAUGCCAUCCCUAUCGAGGGCUGGAUCAACGAUCCGACCGACAACGAUUUGUUGCACCUCAUCCCCCUGCUUGAAGGCUUGCAGUAUGUGACUGACGUCCGGGCGCUGUUGGCGCUGCGUUUAGGCGAACCUCAGUCGGCCUGA